CCGACCCGGGCGACCUCACAGAGGCCGGGCCGCCUGCGACACAGCCGGGCCGGCAGCGGCUCAUCAGGCGGCGCGCCGUCGGGCCGCGCCAAACGCCUCGGCCACCCGCCCGGCCCGCAGCCAGCUCCUUUCCAGCAUUGCACAGUUCAUGAUGAAAGUCACCCUCAAGAGACAAAUCAAGAUGAGCCUGCUGGAUAUAACCAAGAUUUUCUCAAUGCUUCAGCCCAGAGAAGAUGAAGAAGGGGACGGAGAAAGACAGGAGCUGAAUCUCGCCGUGUCCCAAGACAAUUACCAACUUCUGGACGAACUGUUGUGCCAAGAGAGAUACAAGCGGUUCAUUGACAGUAGGAGUGGCUGGGGAGUGCCUGGGACUCCACUCCGCCUGGCAGCCUCCAAGGGCCACGUGAGGUGUGUUGAGGUUCUCCUGGCCCAUGGAGCCGAAGUGGACAGCCUGGAUGUGAAAGCCCAGACGCCGCUGUUCAUAGCCGUCAACAACGGCCACCUCGAUUGUGUGAAGGCCCUCUUGGAAGCCGGGGCUAACCCUUCCGGAAGCAUCCACAAUAACUGCACUCCGCUGCUCACCGCGGCGAGGGAUGGGGACGUUGAUAUCCUUCAGGAACUCUUGGAGCACGGGGCAGAGGUCAACGUCAAAGCGAGGGUCCCAGAGUGGGCGGCCAACUCCGUGGCCUGCUCGGGGCCCUUGUACCUCUCGGCGGUCUAUGGCCAUCUGGAGUGUUUCAAGACGCUCCUGCUGUAUGGUGCCGACCCCAACUACAACUGCACCGAUGAGAAAAUGGUUAGCCGGAUCAAGUAUCCAAAGACCCUUCUAGAAAUCUGUUUGUGGCACGGCUGUGGAGCUGAAUUUGUGAAAGUGCUUAUCGAUUUUGGGGCCAACGUGUACUUACCGGGAAUCGUGUUUGAUAAGAUCUCAGCAAACUCUGAGGUGCUAGAACUGUUGGCCAGAGAAAGAGUUCUCCCCAAAACCUUGAUGUCUCAAUGCCGACUGGCAAUCAGGAAGUUCCUGAAACUGGUAAACCGGCCUUAUGCUAUGGAUCAACUGGAAAUCCCUCCUGUGCUGCUCAACUACCUCAAACACCAAUCGGAACUGAAGAUCAAAGUGGGAACUGCACAAGGUUACCAAGUACUGUAACUGGAUGAGAAAGCGGCGGAAAAGAACCUUCUAAGAAUUGGAAUAGGAGUGGUUUGGUGACCUUGUUUAGAUCAGUGUUAUUGUUCCAGUAUGUGUGAGUGCAUUGGCUGUGUUGCAUUAUGUAAAAGGUGACCAAGGCCGUGUCUAGAAGAUGCUGCUUUGCCUCCCCCAUUCCCCC